UUAAUCCAUCUGCCUGAGUAAACCCUUAAUUCUUCUGUUUGCGUUUUUACCUAUACACAAGAUCUUCGGUUGAUUUAUUUUCAAUUUACCGUUUUGAGCUUGAAUUUUUCGGGUGUAAAGUUUUUAAUAUCGUUUCAAAUACGUAGUAAUAAAGUGUAUUGCUAAAAAUACGUUUUUAAUGUCUGACUGGGAAGAGGAAAAUUGGGAUGAGGACGUCCAAACUACUGUUCAAUCAACAAAAUCCUUUAUGAAUGGUAGUGGUCAAGAGCAAAGGCAAAGUUCGAGUCGCUAUCGCAAUAAUGAUCGCUAUGCUGACGCUGUAAAAAAACGUGGUAAUAACCAAAGAGGUGGCUAUAAGGAAGAAAUAACUGUUCCAUCUGAGUGCGUGGGCUUGGUCAUUGGACGAGGAGGUGCAACAAUACGGGAAAUUCAAAAUAAGUAUAAUGUUCGUGUAGAUCUCGAUAAAGGAAAAAGUUCAGCAGCAAUUUUUGGUGCUUCUGAGUAUGAUGUUAAAGAUGCAAAAGUAUAUAUUGAAAGACUAUUGGAAAAAGGCGCCCGAAAUAACAACAAUAGUUUUAGCCAUGGGCGCGCUAAAAAAGAUAGGCCUUCCGAGGAUAUCUACAAAUUCCAACCAAAAGAAGACGAGUCGUCAGAGGCUAUAGAAGAGAAAGUGGACUAUUCAAUAUUAAUCGACUGGGAUGCCAUUAAGAAAAAAUCGAAAGAAGAAAGCGCAAAGCGUUGGGCUAAAUGUCCUCAAUUGACGAAGAAUUUUUAUAAUGAGGAUCCUGAAGUAGCUAACUUGCGGGAAGAAGAAGUCGCACGAAUAAGAGAACAAAAUAAUAAUGUAACAGUUUCACGCGUGUUUAAAAAGGAUAACGUGCCAGAAAAUAUUCCAAAUCCAGUAUGGAGAUUUGAGCAAUGUUUUGCGUCCUAUCCGGAUUUAUUGGAUGAAAUUUAUAAACAAAAUUUUGACAAACCAUCACCCAUCCAAUCACAAGCCUGGCCAAUAUUACUAAAAGGCGAAGACAUGAUAGGUAUCGCGCAAACUGGUACAGGUAAAACUCUUGCUUUUCUUCUGCCUGCUAUGAUUCAUACCGAGUACCAGUCCAUACCGCGAUCGCAACGAGGUGGCCCAAAUGUGUUGGUCCUUGCACCAACACGAGAACUCGCUCUACAAAUAGAAAAGGAAGUUCAUAAGUAUUCCUUUCGUGGAAUGAAAGCCGUUUGUGUAUAUGGCGGAGGUAACCGUAAAGAACAAAUAAGUAACGUCCAAAGCGGUGUUGAAAUUAUAAUUUGUACGCCCGGACGUCUUAAUGAUUUAAUUGAAGCUAACGUUAUCGAUGUUUCCACCAUAACUUAUUUGGUUUUGGAUGAAGCAGAUCGCAUGUUGGAUAUGGGUUUUGAGCCACAAAUUCGUAAAGUAUUGUUAGAUAUACGUCCUGAUAGACAAACUGUUAUGACCAGUGCUACAUGGCCACCAGGUGUACGACGAUUAGCUCAGAGUUAUAUGAAUAAUCCUGUGCAAGUUUGCGUAGGUUCCUUGGAUUUGGCAGCAACGCACACUGUCAAACAGAUAAUAGAAAUUAUGGAUGACGGUGAUAAGUUUUUCGCAAUCCAACAAUUUGUGUGCAAUAUGAAAAAGGACGAUAAGGCUAUUGUUUUCUGUGGAAAGAAGACUAGAGCUGACGAUUUGUCUAGUGACUUGACUUUGGAAGGACAUAUGUGCACCUGCAUACAUGGUUCCAGAGAUCAGUCUGAUCGGGAACAAGCUAUUGCCGAUAUAACGUCUGGGCAUGUCAAGUUGUUAAUAGCCACAGAUGUUGCUUCCAGGGGUCUGGACAUAGAUGAUAUCACGCAUGUGAUAAAUUUUGAUUUUCCUCGCAACAUUGAAGAAUACGUACAUCGAGUAGGAAGAACUGGUCGUGCUGGCCGCACCGGAACUUCUAUAAGUUAUAUUACACGUAGCGACUGGGGUGUUGCCAAAGAGCUUAUAGGUAUUUUAGAAGAAGCUAAUCAAGAAGUUCCUGAUGAACUUCGUAAUAUGGCUGAUCGUUUCAAAUCCAUGAAGAGUCGCAAAGAAAACGAAGUUGCAAAAUUUAAUAACAAUUAUCGUAGUCGGGAUAAUGGAGGCGGACGAAGUGUCCGAAACCGAGAACGCUAUUGAGUUACUUUACUCCUUGGACUAGUAUUCAUGACGUGAUGAAGUGGAAAGAAAUCUGAAUUUUAAUUUUUUAUGAUACAUUUAUAUGAAUGUACAUUUAACUUGAAUUAUUUAUAUUAAUAAAAUAUACUUACGGGGAGUUAAAAUGAGA